CGUUGCGUAGGGAUUGCGUCAUCGCGUACGGAAGAGGACCAAAACAAAUGUUAACCGUUAGCAUAGCUGUGCUACUUAACUAUCUCUCCACCAUAUUAUCAAGUUAUUACGCAAGUUAUUCUCGAGAUUACCUUGGUUAUAUCUAGCUUCGCUAGGCUAAAUGAAACUUUUUUUGGUUUAGUUAGAAUUAGCUAGUUGUGGAGAAGGUAGCCUAGUUUAGCCUAGCCUAGCCAUGGUGCCCAUAAGUUUGUGUAUGUGAUAGCCAUGUCUAUUUCCCCGGUCACGGAUUUUAAUUUAAAAUUCUAUUAAAACUCUGAGAAAUGACCACAGAGACAUUCGUGAAGGACAUCAAACCCGGACUGAAGAAUUUAAAUGUCAUCUUCAUCGUCCUGGAGACAGGAAGGGUCACCAAAACCAAAGAUGGCCAUGAGGUGCGCACCUGUAAGGUAGCUGAUAAGACGGGAAGCAUCAGCAUAUCAGUGUGGGAUGAAGUCGGAGCUCUCAUUCAGACCGGAGACAUCCUCCGACUGACCAAAGGCUAUGCGUCAGUUUUUAAAGGCUGUCUCACUCUGUACACAGGAAGAGGAGGAGAGCUGCAGAAGAUCGGAGAAUUUUGCAUGGUGUACUCCGAAGUGCCAAACUUCAGUGAGCCGAACCCGGAAUAUUUGGCCCUGAUGAACAAACCAGGACUUAACGAGCAAGGAAACAAUGCAAACAAUAACAAUGGUUCCUCGAGUACUGCGGGUAAUGAUGCCACUAACGGUAACGGGGUGAACUGUCAGAGCGCGGCGAACACGCAGCCGAGCAGCCGAGCCAACGCCGGGAACGCCAGUAGAAGCUCCGCCUCCGGAAGCGCAGUGAGUAACGGGAAAGAGACACGACGUUCCUCUAAAAGAUGAUCCGAGCUGCGAGCGUUUGUCAGAGCGGGAUUGAGUUAUAUUUGUCGAUCAAGAACGAAUCGAUUCACGAGUCGAGUCUUAUGAAUAAUUCUACAGCAUGUGUCUGUGACGUCAACGUUUCCUAAACAGCACACAAUAUUUAUCCGUGUCCGCUUUUUAUUUCUUUACAAUUUUCCGGUCCUACACAAGAUGGCCGACUGGACCCGCUGAACAUGAUCAUUUUGAGCUGUAAAUGAUUUGGAUAAUAAAUUUCAAACUUGUACUGAGGUCUCGAACUGUAAACUAGAGAUCCCAUUUUCCUUCAUCUGAACAUUUUUUAAAAAGUAAAAGUAUUUGUUUUGUUUUGUUUUUUUAAAAAUUAAUAGAACAUCCCAUUCUUAAUUGUUGGGUUUUUUACACAUUAAAAAAAUAUUUUGCUUAAUUUUAAGACUUUUUGAAAAACAUUUUUAACAUAUAUAAUGCUUAUUUUUAGGUUGGAUUUUUUUUUUUUUGCAAAUACAGAAAUGUUUUUCCCUUAAUUUUAACACUUACUUAUACAAAAAAUUUAACGGAAUCAGAAUUGAGUGUAUUUUAAAUUAAUAGUUUACUUUCAUAAGUUGUAUAAUUUUAUUAGUUUUUUGCAAAUUUUUUACUCAGAAUUUUUUCCCCAAUAGACAAAAGAAUUAAAGGUAUCUUUUAACAUCAUGCAUCGUUUUUAUUUCCACUAAAUUAAUUGAUUUUCUUCAUUUUGAACACUUUUAAAUAUAUAUAAUUUAAAGUGUUAAAAUUAAGAAAAUAUAUUUUCAGUACAGGAUUUAUUUUUUAUUUGUAAUUAAUUAUGCAUUUAAGUAAUAAAAUAUAUAGUUGUGUAUAAAUCAGUCCAUACAGGAGUUUUUUUUGUGAUUUGUUGUAGUUUUUCAAAAUUUGCGAAGCAACUCGAGUUUUUUGUGGGGUUUUUUUGGUGGAAAAACACUCUGAACUUGCAGAUUUGUAAAGUUUCGUGCGCUCUUUCACAGUGAUGUUUGUCAGUAAACAAGACCUUUUAGCUGUACUCAUGUUCGACAAGCAUGACUCGAGGAGAGAUUUGGCUGAACGUGCGUUGUGGUGAUGUCACAUGAUGCAUUUUAGACCAAACCUGCAGUACUUUAUAAAAUUGCAAGCUCCUCCGAAUAUUUAUUUUGUGUUAAUUUCUGCGAUCACAAAAUCAUGAACUCCUGCAGGGACUGUAAUGUAAGCGUCUACCCUCUUUUAGUGUUUACUUUACUUUAUUAUUAGCUGAUUAACCAGCGACUUUCUUAACACUUAAAAGUGAACUUUUACACAGAUACACUUACGCGUUUUUUGGGUGGAGGAGGGUGGGUGUUUACAUUACGUUCACGUUCCUUUUGGUUCUGACAUCAUCAGCUGUGUGGAUCUGUAAUGUAAUUGAUUUAAGAGAACUUUAUUCCAGAGAUGUUCACACUUUCUUCAUAUUACACAUGACAUGUUUCAAAUUAAUUUUAAUCCAGACUGUGACUUAAUUUAAAAAUAUAUAUAUAAUAUUAAUGUGCUGUUAUUUAAUUACAAUUUCUAUUUUAUUCUUUUUUUUUUUUCUUUUUUUUUUUACACUUCUGCCUUUAUCAUGCACAGGGUUGCCAGAUUGAAUCAACUCAUACUGAAUCAUAACUUGAAACAUUUAAAUAUUUGUAAUAUAAAUAAUAGAAUAGAAAUAAUUCUGAGUUAAAGACAUGAUUAAAAUUUUGCGAAUGGGUCAGCGGCUCCCAUCUGGCAACGCUAAUCAUAAAGAUGAGAACUUUUUGUGUUCCCUGUUUUCUGUUCAUGUUAACAGUGUCAAAGCAGCGUCAUGAGAACUGCAUCAAAGGUUCAUGCUGAAUAAAAUAAUGAGAAAAUAUAUUUUUUAA